GAUGUAUCUUUCUGUUUAUCUAUGUGACCAUUAUUUAUCUUUAGAUAAGUAUCAUCAUCACCGAAUUACAAUCUACCCGUUAAUAGUUAUGUGCCUAUUCAGGCCGAUCUCUCUAGGUGUAUGUAUCGCUGCCGAUGUAUCGCUGCCGAUGUAUCUCCGCCUGCGUAUGUGUUUCUCCUGUGCCUGUAGCAGUGAGUGGGAAACUUUGCUUCACUCGGUGGAUUUCAGCUGCACAUUUAGCAGAUUUUGCUUCAAGCGAGUCGCUCCCUAGACUGCUGCGCGGUAUCGCUGCGGCGCUGAUCUAUGUACCAUCUGACUGUCUGUCUGCGCCUGUGGAUCUGUCGGUUGUUCUGUACUUACUAAUCCAAGAUCAGUGCAACAGUCGCUCAUUGCCACGUAGAAAGUAACCGUUCCACUUCUCAAUUAGCCACAAAGUCGCACCGGGUGAGAGCACUGCACCGACAAAGCGCAGCCCGACUCUCCCGCAGCGCACAGGGAUCGCUCAGUAGUUACCUGGUCCUGUGAGCGCAGCCGCCCGUAGGGCCCACCUUCUGGGGCCCCUCUCCCCACCCAGAGAGCUGUCACAUCAGCCUGUCCAGCUGCACAUUCCUUCCAUCAAUAGCAUCACCUCCAAGUAGCCAAUCAUCGCCCUCAUUCCCAGCUCCUUAAAUAGGCAGCCCAACACGUCAUGUGUGAAGGGGGAACGUAUAUGAAGGCAAUAUGUAUAUAAAUGUGGCGCUAGCCCACAGUACGAGCCAUAGGAUUUGCCUGAUGAUGUGGGGCCACCACAGAACAUUCCUCUUCCCUCUCAGACUCCUGUUGGUGUGAAGGACUGUCAUUAUUGGCACCAAGGGAGCCUGAAGCCCCACUGGCUACAAGAUGUUCCUCCUUGAGAUCAGUUACACGUCCUUCUUUGAGGCUGCCCUGACCUCAGCCCUCUCACUGGUCCUCCUGUUGGCUGCAUCUCACCAGCUCUGGUCCCUGAGAUGGCACAGCACUAGGGACAGAGGGAGCAGUUUGCCCCUACCCAAGGGCUCCAUGGGAUGGCCCUUCUUUGGAGAAACUCUGCAUUGGCUUGUGCAGGGCUCUAGCUUCCAUAGUUCCAGGAGAGAGAAGUAUGGCAACAUAUUUAAGACCCACCUGCUGGGGAAGCCGGUUAUUCGGGUGACAGGGGCAGAGAACAUUCGCAAGAUCUUGUUGGGAGAACACCACCUUGUCAGCACCCAGUGGCCACAGAGCACCCAAAUCAUCUUGGGCUCCAAUACUCUUUCCAACUCUAUUGGGGAGCUCCAUCGACAAAAGCGCAAGAUGAUGAGCAAGGUGCUGAGCAGCGCUGCCCUAGAGAGCUACCUGCCCCGGAUCCAUGAAGCGGUGCGCUGGGAGGUGCGCAGUUGGUGCCGGGGGGUCGGGCCGGUCUCUAUGCUCUCCUGUGCCAAAGCCCUGACUUUCCGUAUCGCCGCCCGGAUCCUGCUGGGUCUCAGCCUGACAGACACACAGUUCCAGGAGCUGACCCGGACCUUCGAGCAGCUGGUGGAGAACCUCUUCUGCCUCCCCUUGGACAUCCCAUUCAGCGGCCUCCGAAAGGGUAUGAAGGCACGUGACACUCUCCACCAGUACAUGGAAGAAGCCAUAAAAGAAAAAUUAUCAAAAAGAGACCCAGAUGCCUGUGAGGAUGCCCUGGAUUAUCUAAUAAACAGCGCCAAGGAAGGAGGCAAGGAAAUCAAUAUGCAGGAGUUAAAGGAAUCUGCCAUAGAAUUAAUAUUUGCAGCUUUCUUGACAACUGCAAGUGCCAGCACCUCCCUGGUACUGCUCCUACUCAAGCACCCCUCUGCCAUCCAUAAAAUCCGCCAGGAACUGGCAUCUCAUGGGCUCAGCGAACAUUGUGAACAGUGUCUUCCUGCUACGGAAAACCCAAAUAACAACAUCCUUCAGGAUAAUGGGCAUCAGUGUCUCACAGCUGGUUGUCAGUUGCCUCUUGUGAUGGGCACUGAAGGGCAGGUGAAGACCCUAUGGGAACAGACUAAACAGCUGCUCACUGAUAGAACUGAUCAAGACCCACAGAAUUCUUUAUCAAGUAAAAAUCUCGUUAAUGGAGAAAAUAGAAUCCAGGAGGCACCCUGCAGCCAUGAUAAGUCCAACUGCUCCCCAGUGCCAGGCAAGCUACAGAAUUCUGUGUUUGAAGGAACCUGCCAGCAAAACAUCAGCUUAGAGAAGCUCAAGAGCCUCCAUUACCUGGACUGUGUGGUGAAAGAGGUUCUGCGCCUGCUUCCCCCAGUCUCGGGGGGCUACAGAACAGCACUUCAGACGUUUGAGCUGGAUGGUUACCAGAUCCCCAAAGGCUGGAGCGUUAUGUACAGCAUUAGGGACACCCACGAAACAGCAGCGGUGUAUCAAAACGCCGAAAUGUUUGACCCAGAGAGGUUCAGCACGGAGAGAGACGAGGGGAAACUGGGCAGGUUCAACUACAUUCCCUUCGGUGGAGGCGCCAGGAGCUGUAUUGGGAAAGAACUGGCACAAAUCAUUCUCAAAAUCCUGGCCAUGGAGCUGGUAACUACUGCCAAGUGGGAGCUGGCCACGCCAAGCUUCCCCAAAAUGCAGACCGUGCCAGUCGUGCACCCAGUGGAUGGACUCCAGCUUUCCUUCAGUUUCCUAGGCUCUAACGACAGUGACAAAGCAGCAAGAAAUAGGUCACUUGCCAAUCCCUGAACUUAUUAACACUUAAAUUAUUUUAUCUUUGGUUUCUACACAGGUGCAUUUACUGCGUGUAAUGUAGGUACUGUAACAGGAAUAAUACUAUUUAUAAUGUAAUAUUUAUAUGGCUCUUGGCAGAAGAGUAUAGGGUGAUACUAAGCUAUAGGAAUAAAUGCAGUUAUUUUAUUAAUGUGCAUGGUUUUGCAAUUAAUUGUGUAAGAAUUUCUGGAUGAUACCUGGGGCAUACGGUUGCACCCCCAGGCAAAGUAUAUUUCUGAGCACCAACACUCUAUAUGGGACCUUACCAGGCCCUAGGCCCUCCUGCAGUCACCAGUUCUGCUACCCCUAUAGUUAUGCCACUGGAUUAUACUGUUCUACCCAGUGUACCAGGAAAUCAACCUUUGUUCUGCCAUUCUAUACUUUGGCACAUCAGCAGCCAUGUGUUGCUAGUGUGCUUGGCCUUAACAACCAUGCAUUCAUCAGAGCGACAGACUGGAAGACAAGGGAACAUACGGUAAUAAUAAUAACAACAAUAUUCAUAGCUAUUUUAUUAACAAGUAGAUGCUGGGGCUCAUUUGCUAGAGGCCCACCAGGAACACUGAUAGUUUACAAACAAAUAUUUCUUUCUUACAUCCCUCAAAAACAUUGUCAGUAGACUGCUGAGCCACCGCAGUAACACAAAGCAUGGCACUUACCAACUACUCGAGUCAAUAAAUGGAUGGCACGUAUGACUUUUAUUAUAUUAGCCCCCCUUCCUCCUUAAAUCUGAACUCUUUAGUGCCUUCUGCAUAUGGAGUAAUCCAUUCUAAUUUACAACCAGACAUUUUUGUGCCCAAUCCAUGAAUCACUGGCUUAGCAGAAAAUUUUGGCACAAUGGUGGUCUUUGGGUUAUUAACACUUUACCCCCUACAUCCCUUGCUUAUUGAAAGCACAAAGAGUCUGAUAUAUAUAUACAUACUUCUAAGUCCCACCUGACCCCAGUUUCUAUAGUAGAACCAGGGUUUAGUGAUGACAACAAGGCCUGGGGCAAUAGUCCCAGUAUGACACCAUGUUUAUAUAUUACCCAACAUUCAGCUCUCCAGUUGCUAUCAAACUACAACUCUCAGUAUUACCCAACAGCCAAUGGUGGAGACUGCAGAUUUGACAGCCUUGAUAUACUUUCUUCCCUUAAAAUUACUUUGUUCCAUAGAUGCAGCCACCUUCCAGAAGACACAUUCCCUCUGUGUUUGCUUUGUGAAGCCCCUGCUUGUGAGUGCACAACUAUAGCCCAGAGUAGAACAAUACUAGCGCUAUACUGGGUAUUGCAUGGAAACGUUAGCUACAUAAGGAUCUUUUAUUGCCUGCUACCACUGGGUGGUUUGCAUGCCAAGGUGACUCUUGCUGCCUCUCCAUAUCGCAGUCCCUCAUUUUCUUUGCCUUCUUAUUGGAGUAAGGAGAAAGACUUGUUUAUAAUGACAAAGUAGGAGGAAGUAUAUUUAGUAAACGUUUAUGGGCAGAACAUAUUGUGGCGCUUCUCUAUAACAUGUAGUGUGAAUAUUCCUACCUUAACUCUUUCAUAAGGAGGUCUAGUCAGUCUAUUUUGGCAUAUGACAUGUACUACAAUAUAGAUAUUUAUUGCAGGGAAUAAUGUAGCCCUGUACUGGAAAAUAUAACGAUAUUAAAAGUGAGGAAGGAGUUCCAUAACCAUAAAUAUAUAAAUAAUAAAUAUAAAAGCACAAGGCACCAACAUGGCAUACCAUUAAGCACUCUCAUUAAGCACUAUAUAUAUAUAUAUACAUUUUCAAUGAUAUAUAUUUUUGUCAUUUCGUGUGACCUAUUGGUGAAUAAUGAAAAAACUCUUAAGUGGAUUUCCCAGAUCCUAUACAUUUAUACAUAGUUACAGAUCAUCCCUUUUAUUUAACUGUGUUAGGAUUUAACAUAGAGUAACACUGUAUCCAUAUUAUAUGCAAUGUGUUUUGUUUUGAAAUCUCAUAUAACAGAGCAUUUUUCUAUGACUUUGGUGUAAAACUAUUGGUUUAAUGUUCCAGAUUUAUUUAGAAAAAUCCAAAGUGGUUUGUGCCAAUUAAGCUAUACAUUUCCCAGAGCAUUUGGUAUCCACUUGCAUUUUGCUUUUGAACGAUGGGUUUACAUUAUUUGCCUGCCGAAUGCUGCAAAUCUGUAAUUUACUAUGACAAAUCUCGGCUAUUAGGCACUGGAUGUUAUGGUCUCUGUAUAUAUAAUGUAGACUGGGGCAACCCCAUUGCUAGAUUCAUUCAUUUUAAUAGUCAUUUUUACAAUAAACCGGUUCAUUGUUGUAAAUAAUGGACGAACUGAAGUCAAAGCCAUUAAACCUUAUUUCCAGGCACCAGAAAGAUUCAAAUCCGCAUUAUAACUUUUUUUUAUGUUAAAAAAUAAAUAAAAAUAAAAACAAAGUGCUAAUUUU